UACCUCCGCCCCUCGGGUGGUCUUGGGAUAGCGAUGGAGACACCCGGCGCGUCCGCCCGGGCGCUCUUGCUCUCUGCGGCGCCCGGAGCCCGGAGAAAGCGCGCAGCCGGGGAGGCCGCGGCAGCGACAAGCAAGCAGCAGAUACUGGACGAGGAAGAGUACAUCGAGGGCCUCCAGACUGUCAUCCAGAGGGACUUCUUUCCUGAUGUGGAGAAGCUGCAGGCACAGAAGGAGUACCUGGAGGCUGAGGAGAAUGGAGACCUAGAACGGAUGCGCCAGAUUGCCAUCAAGUUUGGCUCUGCCUUAGGAAAAAUGUCCCGCGAGCCCCCUCCACCUUAUGUGACUCCAGCCACAUUUGAAACCCCUGAUGUGCACACAGGUACUGCUGUGGUGGGCAACAAGUCCAGGCCAAGGGGUAGAGGCCUAGAGGAUGGUGAUGCAGGAGAGGCAGCAGAGGAAGAGGAGAAGGAGCCCCUACCUAACCUGGAUGUCUUCCUGAGCCGGUACACGAGUGAGGACAAUGCCUCCUUCCAGGAGAUCAUGGAGGUGGCCAAGGAGAAGAGCCGGGCCCGACACUCGUGGCUCUACCAGGCUGAAGAGGAGUUUGAGAAGAGGCAGAAAGAUAAUCUCGCACUCCCGUCAGCAGAGCACCAAGCCAUUGAGAGCAAGCAGUCUGGUGUGGAAACCUGGAAGUACAAGGCCAAGAACUCCCUCAUGUACUACCCAGAGGGUGUCCCUGAUGAAGAACAGCUGUUUAAGAAGCCCCGGCAGGUGGUGCAUAAGAAUACUCGCUUCCUCAGGGACCCUUUCAGCCAGGCCCUGAGCAGGUCCCAGCUGCAGCAGGCUGCAGCCCUCAAUGCCCAGAACAAACAGGGGAAGGUGGGCCCCGAUGGCAAGGAGCUGAUACCCCAGGAGUCCCCCCGAGUGGGCGGAUUUGGAUUUGUUGCCACCCCUUCUCCUGCACCUGGUGUGAAUGAGUCCCCACUGAUGACCUGGGGAGAGGUCGAGAACACACCCUUGAGAGUGGAAGGAUCGGAAACCCCCUAUGUGGACAGGACACCUGGGCCAGCUUUCAAGAUCUUGGAACCAGGCCGCAGGGAGCGACUGGGACUGAAGAUGGCCAAUGAGGCGGCUGCCAAGAACCGGGCCAAGAAGCAGGAAGCCCUUCGGAGAGUGACAGAGAACCUAGCUAGCCUCACUCCCAAAGGCCUCAGCCCAGCCAUGUCCCCAGCCCUGCAGCGCCUUGUCAGUAGGACGGCCAGCAAGUACACAGACCGGGCCCUGAGGGCCAGCUAUACACCAUCUCCAGCACACUCCGCCCAUCUGAAGACCCCAGCUGGUGGGCCCCAAACCCCCACGAGCACACCAGCUCCUGGCUCUGCCACACGCACCCCCCUCAACCAGGACCCAGCCUCCAUCACAGACAACUUACUACAGCUCCCUGCCCGCCGCAAAGCCUCAGACUUCUUCUAGGGCUAGGCCCGGCCUGAGCUUGUGGAAGCUUCACAGAGCCUGUGGAGCAGCUGUCACCCAGCACAGGACUCUGGCCUUCUCGGGAAUCAGGCCUGGACCAAAAGUGUUGAUCUUUCUAGGAACCACAGAAGAAAGAUAUUGUGCCACCUAGGCUGGCACAGGACACACCCACUUGGUCCUUGGGGUGUAUCCCAGGGCCUUGCCGAUACUGUUUUCUAUUGAACCCUCCCACCUAUUUCUAUUUAAGUGUCAUUAAAAAGCACUUGGCACAGUCUGGCAGGGCCUCUUCUCCAUCCUGCUGCCUGCACAGCCCUGAGGCUGCCUUCGUAUUUGCAUCACCAUCUCAGGAAUGCAGCUUCCCAGGGAGGCAGCUGCUGGAGGGUGACCCUUGGAGAGCCAGGUGGGAUGGCCUUUCCUGCCGCUACCUGUAUUGCUCCCUGGGCCUUGGAUUCUAUCUUCUCAAUUGAAUGCACAGCACCUUGGUUUCCCCUUUCCCUCAAGUCCUUUCUAGUCUUCUGAGAGUAGGAACAUAACCCCUGGAAGUUGUGCCCUUGAGGCUCAUCUGGGACUCUGGGCCCAAGUCCACAGCCUCCCCAGACCAGCCUGGCCUAUGUGGUUUCCUCGUGACGAACUGCAUGAGUAAUACGUCAGAGGCUGCACCCUCUCAUCAGGUGCCUUUCCUGUGGCCUCUCCUCAGCUCCAGCUCACCUGGCUUCCAGUUCAAGUGGGGCAGGUCAGGUAGCUGUCCCUGUCCUCCCGUGGUGCCUCAGACCCUACCUGUCUUAUGCUACUAAGUCACCCGCCUUACUCUUUUGUUUCUCCUACCAGCAAGAACCCGCAAUAACCUGGGCUGCAGUGUCAAAAGCAGUGAGGCUGGGUCCCACCGGGACCCAUGAGUGCUGUGUGCACCACAGGCUAGCACUUGUAUAUAGGCCUGAUGGUAUAGGUGCUGACUUCCAGGAGGCCCAGGGCCAGCUGCUGCACACACAGGUAGAGGGUCCUGCUCUCUGGGCAUAGCUGGCUCCCAAACCAGUGUUCUCAGGCCCCUGGUGGGAUUGGGUUGUGCCCUCUGGGGGCUGUGCUGCUCAGGGUAGCAUCUUGGAAUGUCCCUAGACCAGAGUCCUCCCUGCUUUGAGCAUGCCCAGCCCUUUAGGCCAAGCCCUCAGUCCUCCUAUGUUGUUCUCUGUGGGCGCACUCUGUAGGCUGGUGCAGGACCUGUCACCUAGCUGGGUCUGUGUUCCUGUGAGCUGACCUGGGGCAGUCCUGAGCUAUGCGACUCACCAAAGGGGCCAGAGCUGGGUCAGCAGGUGAGCUUUGACCCAGCUGGGACUACCCAGGGUCAACAAAGUGUGUCUUUGGUGCUUUUAUUCCCAUAGAGAAGUGUAGACUAUUUGGCUCCCAAGGGAGCCCCCAGGAAGUGGGGAGUUAAGGUUUGAGCGGGUGUAAGAUCCAGAAGGGGAUGCUCUCCAGGCAAGGGCACCUAAGACCAGGUGCUGACUGCUUCAAUCACUUGACUGGCAGGUGGGGAUUGCCUUGGAGGUUGACAAGUGACAACAGUGAAGGCUGCUGGGAAGGGCAAACAGGAACUGGUGGGGAGGGUGUAACUGGAAGGUCGGCUGGCAUGAUUGGGUGAGGUGGUACUGCUCUGCCCCCAAGGGCAGUGUACCCCGGAUGUGUACCUGGCCAGCCCUGGAGUGCUAGACAUGGGCAGAUCAGAGCAGGUGGGCUAUGGCAGCACAGCGCUGUUCUCUCUGCCCAUAAGGCCUUCUCGUGAGUACCUGGCCUUGGACCCCUACACUGGAGACCCAGGUGCGCCGCAGGGAGGAAGGUGGUUGGCUGAGUCCUAGAGAAAAAGACUUCUCAAGGGGCACUCUGGAUGCUUGUAUACACUUUGUGGUUUAUUUGGUGGUCAGUAACGUCUUUGCUACUACGAGGAAGAAAGCUAAUAGAACGUAAUCAAAAUAGUGGUUUAA